ACUCUUUCUGGAGCAUGUAUUCUAUAUCCCUAGUUUCUGGGUUCUUUAUUUAUUUAUUUAUUUAUUCAGCUAUUUACUUAUCUACUUCCUUCCGUUUUCUCGGAUCUCUGUGUGUCUUUCUGCUUUUGGUGUUCCAUCCGCUCGAGAGGCACCAGGUCAUCGACGCAUCCGCUUUUCCCUUCCCUCCCUUGCUUAGUGUCUCAUUCGCUCUCUGCUGUUCGCAGCUUUGUGCUCUAGUUUUUCUUUUUCUUUUCUUUUUAUUCUAUACUCUUCCUUCCGCAGAUCUCUUUUGCUCUGAAGUUUGAGAAAGGAACUAAAGGGGAAAAGAGAAAAUAGGACGGUGUUCUGGAGACUGGGAAUCAUUGUAGGGAUUUAAGGGUGUUUGGAAAGUUUUGUUAUAUAAUAUUAUGUCAUUUUUCACUCUACCGUUUCCGUGUUUCUGUCUUCUCACGUUACGGUAUUGAUAAUUCUAAUUUCGAAGAGUUUGAACGAAAUCCGCGAUCCAUCACUUGGAGUUGAAUACCUAUCAUGACACCGGGCGAAGUCCAGUGGGGUCAAGUGCAGCUAGUCCGGCCGGGCCAAACAGCCCAGCAUCAUGAUAUUUUCACACCCCCUCCAGACAUCCCCCCCCCACAUCCCACGGUUCCCCCAUCACUCUCCUCCUCCACACUGCGAGCGGAUAAACGAUGGCAACCUCCGCUGACUUCAUAAGGCUCGCCCAAACCCUCCCGCCGCGACUGACCCGGUUCUUCGCCAAAUACCCUCCCGGCACUGCCAACGACGUCGUCAAGAACCCAUUCAAACCGACCAUCCACCCGGUCACCAAGAAAUGGCAUAACCCCGUCUACUCGCUGCGCCGGCAGAAGGAGUUAGUGGUGCUCGCAAGAGACUAUGGUUUGGAGGACUUGUUACCCCCGACGGUCAAGAAGACGGCGGUGAGGGAGAAGAGGGCCCUCGAGGGGCCCAAGAUGAAGAAGAUGAUGUCACCGAAGGGCAAGGAAUGGGAGAGGACGCUCAAAGGGAGGUAUGUAUUCUUCCAUCACGGGUUGGGGGAGGCGGAGAGGCAGGCUAAUCUGAAUGGUGUAGGUUGGAGAUGCGGGAGAAGGCGAUGCGUGGAAUGCCGAAUCUUAUCGAAAGGUGGAGGAAGGCUGGUCAUGGAAGGGGGUGGACCGAGUGGCCGAGGUAGACACGGAUGCACGGAGUUUGGGAUGGUGUCGUGCUCUAGAGGUGGAAUUGGAUAUAUAGUCUUCCCUUCUACAAUUGAAUUCUACUUUCCCCCUGG